UAUUCUUUCCCAGAUUUCUGAAAUAUUGUGACAGCCGAAAACUUUUCCAAUUUGUUUUCAUUUACUUUUUCCCCCUUCUUUCCUCUUUCUGCGGUUGCUUCUUCUUCACAUCUUCUCCACUCUACCUUUUUCCUUUCCCCUUCCCCCUUUUGUUUCACGGCGUUCUUUGAUUUCUCUAGUUAGCAGCGAAUCGUCUGAUCGAUUUCUCUGUCUCUCUCCGCCGCGACAUGAUCGACUUCGCUCGAGUUCAAAAGGAGCUCCAGGAAUGUACUAGAGACAUCGAAGCCUCCGGCAUCAAAGUUUCCCCUAAAUCCGACAGUCUGGCUCGCCUCACCGGCACAAUCCCUGGCCCUAUUGGCACUCCUUACGAAGGCGGCUCUUUCCAAAUUGACAUCUCCCUUCCAGAUGGCUACCCAUUCGAGCCUCCCAAAAUGAAGUUCGUUACCAAAGUCUGGCACCCAAAUAUUAGCAGUCAGAGUGGAGCUAUUUGCCUAGACAUCUUGAAAGAUCAAUGGAGUCCAGCUCUAACUUUAAAGACAGCUCUGCUUUCAGUCCAAGCACUGCUCUCUUCUCCUGAGCCUGAUGACCCUCAAGAUGCAGUUGUAGCACAGCAGUAUCUCAAGGAAUACCAGACCUUUGUUGGCACAGCUCGCUACUGGACUGAAACUUUUGCUAAGGCCUCCUCACUUGGAGUUGAGGAAAAGGUGCAGAAACUUGUUGAAAUGGGAUUCCCAGAAGCAUUGGUGAGGAGUACACUGGAUGCUGUUGGUGGGGAUGAGAACUUGGCUCUGGAAAGGCUUUGCUCUUGAAGACCAAGCUUGCAUAUCAUCGGGUGUUAACUUUUAAGUUAUCACCAAUAUCUGGGUAUGAAUAUCAUGUAUAUAGGCUGAUCUCUCUUAGUUUACUUUUGAAUCGUGAAAAGUUCGCAACCCUUUUGUGAUGGUCCAUCCAUUUAUUGGCAACUUUCUGCAAGGAUAAAGAUUGCCUGAACCAAUUGCGUGUUCUCUACCAGUUCUCAGAAUGAAUGAAUGAUUGGAAGGAGGAAACUUGAUAUGCUCGCAUCGUAUUUACUCUGUAUUCUGUUCCGCUAUGUCAUUAUCCAUU